AUGGGUUGUUUUUGUUUCGGUGGUGGGGGAAAGAAGAAUGGUCAGGAGAAAGUAGAUAAUAAGAGAGAUGCACGUACAACAAAAACUAAAACUACAACUAAUUCCACUACUGCUCCAAAAUCAAAAUCUCAUAGAAGCGGUAGCCGCGGAAUCAAAGACGGUGGCUUAGUUAUUAUGACAGCUCCUGCCUUCGGUAACACCGCAACUACUUCUGCCGUUUGUGGUGGCAGAGGGGGUGACGGUGGAGGUCAUGGCGGUGGUGGUGGAGUUUGUUGUGGUGGCUGCGGCGGAGGAGGUUGUGGCGGUGGCUGCGGUGGUUGUUGA